CCAGCUGCUCUUGAACGCACCCUUUUUUCCACUAGCACGUGCAGCUAGCUUUAGCUUCGGUAACGAGGGGAGUGAACUGUCAACUUGGCAAAAUUGAAGCCCUGCUUUUCAAAAAGGGACACGGGUCCACAAGUUGAAAAUCAGGAGAUGAGGAAACCAAAAAGUCAAAAGUGUCAGAAACAACAGAAGUCUGCAGCAGGAUGUUCUGCAUCAUCAAAAGUUACAUCCAAAAAGAUUUCUUUCAAGAGAAAUGAGAAGGGAGAGACACUUCUUCACAAAGCCUGCAAGCAAAAGGAUCUGGAGCAAGUGAAACGUCUCCUUCAGGCUGGAAUCAGUGUCAACAUGGAGGAUUAUGCAGGGUGGACGGCUCUCCAUGAGGCCUGUACUGAGGGUGCUGAUGCUGUGGUGGAAGAGCUGCUGAAGGCUGGAGCCAUGGUCAACACCAGGAGCUGUGAUGGUGUGACGCCCCUGCAUGAUGCUGUUUUCUCUGGACACUGUCAGGUGGUGAAGCUUCUCCUUCAGAGCGGAGCAAACCCCUACGAUAGGACUCUCAGUGGCAAGAGCGCAUUUGAAAUGGCAGACGAGGAGAACAUCAGAGAACUGCUCAUGACCUUUCAGGCUUCUUCUGUUACACAGGUGACCACCUGGAAUGAGGGUGGGUCAGGUCACUCAGGUGCUGGACCAGAGGUGCAACAUCAGAGUUUCCUCCAGUCUGGAGAGUCAGGUGAUGGGGGCGGAGCCACAGAAACAAUUGACAUUCCACUGAGAACAGAUGAUGUCACUACUAACAUUUCUUUCAGGGUUCAGAGUCAUUUGGUGGCUGUGACAGAAGUUUUGGAGGAGGUGAGAAGUAAACAAGAAGAAAUGUUGACCUGGCCUCUGAGUGAUCUACUGGAUUUAGGCAGGUAUCAAGCGACGUUGAUCCAGACCCACAGCGCUCUGACAGGUGUCCUGGCCCGGCAGCGUUCAGAGAAGGACGAGCUGACACGUAAAUACAGGACAGUCCCACACCACUUUCACCAGUUAGUGUUGAAAAAUCGGGUCCUCGAUCUGCUUUCGUGUCACAGAAACUUGUUGGAAAUCCUCCAGAAGCAAAAACAGCUGGAAGAAGCUUAUUUUAGUGCCAAGGCAAGAGUUUCAACUGAACCAAGUCUGGACCAAGGGGGAAAUAAUCUAACAGGAGAGGAGAUGGAUCAGAACUUUUCCCAAGACUCCACACCAGACUUUUUAUUAACACCUAGCUGCUAUUUAAUCAAGGAACAGACCAGUAGACCAGUUACUCAGGCUGGUGCAUCCCAGCAUCUGAAGAGAGUCUGUAGCUGUCAGAGGGACCCCAACAUGAGAGGAAAGAAUGUGUUGCUGCAGAGGAGUGUUGAAGACCAGCACCAAUGUCUCCAUCAGCUCAUUCAGGGGGGGGCGGUGGCACCAGGAAGCACUUUAGAGCUCGUUUUGAAGGGUAAGCAGCACACGGCCCGUCUGACAGCUGAUGGUACGUUGAUGAGCAAAGGCCGGUUGCAUCGAGCUCCAGAGCGCUGGCUGGAGUCUAUCCUCGGAAAAAAUAUUCCUGUCAGCUCAUCCUAUGCCUUGGACAAGGUGACAUUCAGGGACAAACCUUUAUCGUUCUACUUUAAAAACAUGGUGGCCAAAGAGAGCUGCUCACAGGUUAAUGCUGAGCGGGAUUCUUCUCCAUCUUGGCUGGUUCCAGGUCAGUUUUCACAUCAACACACAGCAAAAAGUUCAUUUUUUUUACCUGAUUAACUGAACACUCAGAAAAGAAAACCAAAAAACCAAUAGGGCCGUGGAGCAUAACGUGCGAUAUGGGUGCAACCUGGUCAGCGCCAUUUUCUUGUCCUAACUAAGUCACCCUGAGUACUGAGGAACAAAGGGAUAGCACCCUUACGAGAAACAUCAGCAAUGGUUUGGAUUUGCUGAUGAGAGAUUGAUAACGUACAAAUAUCUGUAUGAAAACAACUCUUGAAAAAGUAUAAGUACUGAGUGUACUUCUUUAUUUUAGUAAAACUAAGAAGUUCAGAAUAUACAAUAAGUAUAGAAGAUAAAAAUAAAUUCACCUUAAACACAAAAUAACUCAAGGAUUGGAUUGAGUUUUUUAUUUGAGAAAAAUAAUAAUUUAUUCACAUUUACAAAGAAAAUAUCACUUGCUUGUGUUCACAGGCAAGCAUGCUUAUGUGCUCCUAUCCCGGUCCUCCAAAGGCUCCACAUCUAAAUAAAUCAUUGUGUAACCAACCUGUAUGCAUGGUAACAACAUUAGUUUCACACCUACAGGAUUUCUAUCCCCCCUCUAUAACUGAAGCUAAGUGGAAAACUAAAACAACAAAAGAGAAUGUUCUAGACCAGGCAUCGGCAACCUGCGGCUCUUUUAGCGACUCCUAGUGGCUCCCUGGAGCUUCUUCAAAAAUAUAUGAAAAUGGAUCAGGGGAUAUAUUUUUUGUUUUAAUGUGGUUUCUGUAGGAGGAUAAACAUUCUUAACAUUUUCCAAUGCCGUAAAAUGUGCAUAAUAAAUCUUAAAAUUCAACAUUUCUUUCAACAAAGAUUUGCGUCAUAGCCUGCGACACACGUUUCAGCGCGGCGCUGUGCCGGACAGGUGGCUAUUGUAAACAAACCGGCGUGUGCCAGAGCCAUGGAUCCCAAAGGGAAAAAGAGAAAGAUAGCUGAUGAGAACAGUGGAUUCAAGGAUGAAUGGACCGAAUUAUUUGCUUUCAUUGCCAAUGCGGAAGGAUUGCCUGCAUGUUUGCUUUGUAAUGAGUUGUCGAACAACAAAGUCAUUUGGA